AGAGAGAAAGAGAGAGUGGUAGUGUGUCUGCGUAUGUGUGUGUGUCAGAGAGAGUGUGAGAGUUUGUGUACGCGUGUGUGUGCGCGCGCGUGUGUGCGUGCGUGCGUGUUUGGAGGCAUGCAGUUAUGCAAAGACCGUGUCGCGAGGGUUAUAUUGCCAUUACGCACUAUUACGCACUGACGGCUACUUUAGAGCGAGGUGCUCUGUGCGCAGAGGAGCGGGAUUUUGGAUUCCUCCCGUACUCGUACUCGGGAAGAAGAAAUACGUUUUGAUCAACAUUUGACGAUCUCCAGCAGCAGAACAGCUUGAAUCUUUGGCGCAGAGCGGAGUCAGCUGCCAUCCACCCGAACAGGAAUGGUGGAUCACUUGCCGCUUGGUGAGGAGACCUUCUUGUACUACACCGGCUCCCAGGAGUCUGACUGCAACUGCCUCUGUCGCCACGCCAAUGGUGGCGUGUCGCCGGGCAUCAUGGUAACUGACGCAAGCAUUUACCACCACCACCACCACCACCACCUACACCAUCCCUACCAAGGGUUGGCGGUCUCCUCCUCGCCCCGUGUCUCGGAGGACGACCUCAGUGACUCCUCCAGCCCUCGAUCCUCCCUCUGCUCCAGCCCCGAGUCCUCAUCGCCAACCUCGCGGCACGUUUUCGGCUCCAGCUAUGAAAGCAGGAGCAGCAGGAGCAGCAGGAGCUGCAGCUCCUCAUCGGGAGGAGAGAGUCAGGACAGCCUGCUGGACCUCCUGCUCUCCCAGAACUCCCUUACCACCUCUUUGAGCCCUAAUGGCCACAGCAGCAGCAGCUCUCUCUCUUCUCCUCUGUUCUCCUCUCUAUGUGUCUCCUCACCACCGUUCUCUUCCUCGUCAUCUCUCACAGUCCCUCUUCUACCCAUGGGCCUGGCCUGGGAGUCCAAGAGGGAGCAGCGGCUGAGUCUAUUUCAGCAUCAGUCCAAAGAGGACUAUUUCGAGUUUCCCGUCUUCCUUGAUGAGCUGCAGGAUCCCGCAGCACUUCUCUUCCAGCCCACCCUGGAAGAGAUUGAGGAGUUCCUUGAAGAGAACAUGGUGGUGGCAGUGGAGAAAGAAGAGGAGGGGAGGGAUGAAGCAUUGUCGCCAACAUUAGAGGACGCUGAGGCAGAAGGUUCAAGGACAUUAGCGGGAGAACUUGUAUCAGUGUUACAAAAAUCCGAUCAGACUGUUCCCGUGGCUCAUUCUCCACGCUCGUCCUCCACAGAGACCAAACAUUCACCAUGUCCUUCUUACAUGGACAGCUCACCGUCAACAGUGGAUGCCAGUUGUGUCACUAGCAGUCGAGUCGAUGGGAUCAAACAGGAGGACUGCGGAUCAUCGCCAGCAUCAUCAGAUGGUACCGGUGCUGCCUCCAGCAUGCCGGUCAUCCUACAAAUCCAGCCCAUGCAGAUCAAACAAGAACCCAACCCCAGUGCCAUAUCAGAUGCCAUCUCUCAGCAAACCCAACCUCAGAAAACUCAAUCCCAGCCAAACGGGGCCUCAUCGGAUAUCAAAAUUGCCCAGCUCCUGGUCAACAUCCAGGGGCAGACCUUUGCUUUGGUGCCUCAGCUGCUUUCCCCGGCAAACACGAGUGGCUCAAGUAAAACUGGAAGUGCUGCUUCAUCCAAAUUUGUCCGGAUUGCGCCUGUGCCCAUUGCCGCUAAACCCACCGGGCUCGGGGAAGGCGGGUUGGGCGGAGGCUCGGCCGCAGGGGUCCUCGCUGGAAGUCAGAGGUACCAGAAGAGUGCAGUAGCAGACCUUAUUAAAAUGCACAAGUGUUCUUUUCCCGGCUGCAAUAAGAUGUACACCAAGAGCAGCCACCUGAAAGCCCAUCUGAGGAGGCACACGGGAGAGAAACCCUUCGCCUGCACAUGGCCCGGCUGUGGAUGGAGGUUCUCCAGGUCCGACGAGCUGUCCCGACACCGCCGCUCGCACUCGGGGGUGAAACCGUACCAGUGCAUCGUGUGCGAGAAGAAGUUUGCCCGCAGCGAUCACCUGUCGAAACACCUCAAAGUCCACCGCUUUCCACGAAGCAGCAGGACAGGACGCUCUGCAAACUGACCCCACUGACCCACACUGACAGACUGACGCUUGAAGCA